AUGAAGGGGUUCAUGACGCUCCGUUCCAAUUCAUCGACACGGAAUUUGGAGAAGAAAAAGAAGCGAGAUGGCAUCAAUUUGCAAAGCGAUUCUAUCCUCGAUCAAAGUCCUGUCCUCUCCUCCUCUGGCUCGACUCCAAUCAAUAACAACGACGCGGACAAUGGUACCCCGUCGCCGGGAUCUCUCAAGAAGACGCCACCUUCAUCGUCUCUAGCCUCAUCCCCAUCCUCGUCUUCACAAUCCUCUCCUUCCUCUUUCCUGCCUCGAGCAUCCUCUUCUCCCUCGCUGCCCUCCCGCAAAUCGAUAUCACCCCCCCAUUCACCUUCUUCUUCAUCUUCUGAUCACCUUUCGUCUCGGGCCUCAACGGCGCGCUCGAAUCGGUCAACGCGGCUCAUCGGCAAGCUGGCCAUCGAGGAGCCCAACGAGGCCGGCCACUUCCAGCUGGAUGCCGACACCGACGUCAAGAACCGAGAUGACCAGGUACGGCAGCUCAAGAGCCACCUCAAGAAGCUCGCCGCCGCCGUCCGCCGCCUCAACACCGACGCGCUACGCUACGUCAAGGCCAACAACGCCUUCGCACAGGAUGCGAUGGACAAGUUGCAGAUCGCAGAGAAGAGAUCCAACCCCGACUCGGUCUAUGCUGAGGCGCUGACCAAGUUUGCCGAAGCCGAGAGAAACGUCGCCGCAAACGUGACCCAAUUCCACCAAGUGCCGUCCGACCAGCUCAUAGCGCGAAUCCUCGAGUUUGUAGAGAAGGACAUCUCCACCGAACUCAAGAACACCAAAUCCAAGUAUGAGAAGGCCAGGCGCGACUACGACGGCGCUGUGGACAAGGUCACCACUCUUCGCGGCAAGUCCAAGCCAGACGUCAUCAAACUUUACAAUGCCGAACGUGACCUGAAGCGACUAAAGAAGGCGUACGAGGACGCACUCGAAGAGGUCCACAUCAAGCUUGAGGAUAUCGAACUGAAGAAGAGCUGCUCCCUGAUCGAGUGGCUCAUCCUCUACCUCCAACAAGAGCGGGACAUGUACGGAGAAAGCUUCGUGAUCGUUCAGCACCUCGAAGGCUACCUCAAGCGAUCCGAAGAGGAGGUGCGUUAUAGCAUUGCCGUACAAGACACAACUCAACUUCGAGGCGGUGCCUACAUACACGCUAACACGCACUUUGCCUUCGACGAACAGGCCGCCGCACUCCAAGUAGAACGAGACGCCAUUUAUGACCCGCUCAUCCAGAGGCGGAAGACUAACCGCGCGAUGGGACUUCUGGUCCGCCAGCUGGUGGACUCCAAUCCGGGAGUGGUGGCCAUUCUUCAGCGGAUAAUCUCCAGCGAGAGCAAGAACGUGACCGUUCCCUCCAAGGGCGACACCAAGGGGGUCGCCAACUUUCAGGCAUUCAUCAAGGACAACUACAACGACAUCUGCCUGGAACUCAUCGCCGCUGGCUACAGAGAGCAGAUGAAGGAGCUGGCCUCUGCUAUGGGCUUCCUCGAGAAGGCCCGGGAAGACAUCGAACUGUAA